AUGUUGAGGAAUAACGACAAAGUGAAACUAAACCGAGCGAACCUUAUAAAGAAAAUUGAAGAACAGCAACUCCAAAUCACUGAUUAUGAAAACAAACUGAAAGACUUAAUUCGUGCCUACAAAGGACUUACCGCUGAAAAGAAUGCUUUGCAGACAGCAUUUAAAGUUUUAGGCUUGCGACAAGAAACUGCAACUAGCAUGCAAGGUAGAUCUCAUCUCGAUGCUGAUGCAGAGGAAAAACAAUUUUCUGAGGAAGAUCAAGUCGAAAGUCUAAAGAGAUCUUUAGAAGUAUUAAUAACUGAAAAAAGUAACUUGGAAGCAGCUUUUCGAUCUGAUAGAAAAGCUUUAUUGGUCGAAAAUGAAGCUUUGAAGGAAAGAUUGACAAAAGCUGCAGAUGAGACUGAAGCGCAAGCUGAAAAAUUGGAAAAUAGGUUGUUGGAACUACGAUCAAAAAUAAAGUUAAUAGAAGGAGAUCGUGAAAAAGAAUUGUCAGACCAUGGUUCUGUUUUGGCUGCUAUUCAACAGCAGUAUGCAAAAGAAUGUGUGAACUCAGAGCAUCUUGAAAAACGGAUAACAGAUUUGCAUCGGAAGUUGUGUGAGAAAGAAGAAGCAUCCAAAGUGCUCGAAAUGGACAUUGCCUCUUUGAAAGAAGAACUUAGCCGAACACAAACUGAAGUGAAAUUUUGGCAGAAAAGAGCUGAAAAAACACCAGCUAUACAAGUUCUGGAAAGUGAACUUCAGGAUGUGAAGGAAAGCAGUAAAAAUGAAAUUAUCGAACUAAAAAGGAAGCUGAUGGAUACUAUGAACACAGAAAGAGAAAGUCGUCUACAUGAAUUAGAACAAAGACUCCAGGAAAUGUCGAUUGAAAUUGGCGUUUUUAAUAAAAUUCGUACAGAACUGCAACAGAAAAUGGAUCAGCUGGAGAAGAAAAACAAAGCUUUGGAAGAUGAGAAUGCAUUUCUCAAAACUUCAAAAUCAGCGAAGGAAAUUGAUGAUGCAUCUAUUGAUUUCAAAUCAUUGGAACAGAAUUUCAUAGAAAUUGCUCAAAAGUUGCGCAAUAGUAAAGAGGCGUUAACUACAGAGCUGUUGGGCCUAGAAGAAAUUUCGUGUAAACAGAAAAAUGAGUUCGAAAAGUGCAAACUGCAAACUGAAGCAGUAUUAAAUGGCAAAUCUAUGAAGGUUGAUGUGUUGGAAAAUGCAGGAACACUAUAUACAUUAUCUCUGUUACCUGUGAACGACUGUUCAUCUUGUGCAGCAGCAGAAGGAGAUUUGCGACAUAUGCGUGCAACAGUGGCCGAGCUUCACGAGAAAUUUCAUUCUCUUGAAAUUGACCAUGCGAAUGUAAAAAGCAGCUAUGAAGAAAAAACAACUCAACUGCAACUAAAAAUUGUCGAAAUGGAAAAAGCGCAAGAAAGUUCGGCUUCUGAUUUACGCAAUCAAAUGCAUCAAAAGGUGGUCGAAAUGGAAUCAGAGAUGCAAAAGCAACGCAUCCGAGCUCUGGAUAUUCUUGCAGAAAAAGAAAAUGAGUUGGAAAUUACGAAAGCUAUACUGGCAUCUAUAAGAAGUCAGCCAAAUGUUGAUCCAGUAGAUCCUCCACAAGGUACCUCGUUCCGAUCUGUGAAAUAUCGAAAAACUUGCUCACACGACUUAUUUGGAAGUAACGCUUCUAUUGAUGAGCGACGAACUGGAGAAAUUCGAAAUGUAAUCGAUCAUUCAUCAAGUGAUGUCGACUCGUGCUCCAGUGUUGUGGAUGAGCACCAUUUAGAACGUUUAUCGACUUCACCGAAUAAUGCACAAGUUCUAUUCAAUAUUCCUGGAAUUACAACUACCGCAGAAACUCGCAACAUAUUUUACGAGCAACAACUUGUCAGAAAAGAUAAGCAAAUAAUCGAAUUAAGAAAUGCCAUGCAUGUAGCAGAAUUAAAUGCUCGCGAUAUUCAACAAGCAGCUCUCACUAAAGAUUUGCAACAUUUCGAAAUGGUGGAGAAAUUGAAGGAUGAAAUCAGGGUUUUAGAAGGAAAACUGAAAUUUUUAAGCGUCGAUUCAAACAUGGAGUACUUACGGAAUAUUUUCAUUCAGUUGCUGCACUGUGAUAAUUCUUCCGGUCGUAAACAUAUUUUGAAAGCAAUAGGAGCUGUAUUGAAAUUAAGUGUGGGUGAGAUGCGAGCGAUUGAAAGACAUAAACUGUAA